AUGGCAACUAGCAAAUUAAGUGGCACAAAAAACAUUCACCCAUCAUCUGGGGACUCUACGCGUACAACUGAAAUUCGACGUAUGAACAUGCAAAGAAUGCAAAAUGUCCUCCUCAUUUGGUUGGACAACAAUAUUAAUGAAACUACUGCUGAUUGUAGUAAUACAAUCAAACAAUUAAAACGUGUAGUUAACAACGUAAACACGUUUACUGAUGGUGAAGAAUGUGUGGAAUUUAUUCAAACCAUUAAUAACAACAAAGUAUGUAUGAUUGUUUCUGGUUCACUUGGGAAACAUAUUGUGCCUCAUGUGCAUGAUAUGUCCCAAGUAGACACCAUUUUCAUUUUUUGUAACAAUCAACAAUGGCAUAAACAAUGGGCCAAAGAAUGGCCCAAAAUAAAAGGAGUCUUCACAGAUAUAACAUCAAUCUGUGAAGCUCUCAAGGAAGCUGCUCACCAAUGUGAGCAAAAUGCCACAUCAAUCAGCUUUGUGGCAUCAAACAAGAAAUUGGAUCAAUUAGAUCCAUCAUUUAUGUAUACUCAGAUCUUGAAAGAGAUCUUAUUAACCAUCAAAUUCGAAGACAAACAUUUCAAAGAAUUUAUUACUUAUUGUCGUGAAGUAUAUAAAGAUGAUGAAAAUGAAUUACAAAAUGUUAAUCAACUACAAACAACAUAUAAAAACAACAUACCAAUAUGGUGGUAUACAUGGGAUGCAUUUUUAUAUCGUAUGCUCAAUCAAGCAUUAAGACAAAUGAAUGUUGAUAUGAUUGUCCGAAUAGGUUUCUUUAUUAAGGAUCUACAUCGUGAUAUUCAACGACUACAUUCGGAGCAAUUUGAUGGCCAUCAAUCAGGUACAACACUUACAGUUUACCGUGGACAAGGUCUUUCAAAAGAAGAUUUCGCCGAAAUGACAAAAACUAAAGGUGGACUUCUUUCAUUCAACAACUUUUUAUCAACUAGUAAAAAUCGUGAUGUUUCUCUUAACUUUGCACAACAAGCUGCUACGAAUCCUGAUCUUGUUGGAAUUUUAUUUGUUAUGUCAAUUAAUCCUACGAAUUUAACAACUCCAUUUGCUUCUGUUAGUGAUGUUAGUUAUUUUCAUACAGAAGAUGAAGUUCUCUUUUCUAUGCAUACUAUUUUUCGUAUUGGAGACAUUAAACCAAUGGAUGGAAACAGUCAUCUCUAUAAAGUGAAUUUAACAUUGACUAGUGACAAUGAUCAAGAUCUUCGUACUCUUACUGAUCGUAUACGACAAGAGACCUUUCCAGAUAAUGAAGGAUGGGAGAGAUUAGGAUUACUGUUAAUUAAAAUGGGACAGUUUAAGAAGGCUCAAGAAGUGUAUGCAGUUUUACUUCAUCAAACAACGGAUGAAAGUGGUAAGGCAUCUAUUUAUGAUCAACUAGGUAAGAUCAAAUAUAAUCAGGGAGAGUAUCCAGAAGCACUUACAUACUAUGAAAAAACACUUGCUAUUGAUCAGAACACACUUCCUUCCAAUCAUCUUAAUUUGGCUGUAUCCUAUAACAACAUCGGUGUGGUGUAUAGAAAAAUGGGUGAUUAUUCAAAAGCACUUUCAUUUUAUGAAAAAGCCCUUGCAAUUCGACAACAAUCACUUCCUUCCAAUCAUUCUGAUUUGGGUGGUUCCUAUAACAACAUCGGUGCGGUAUACAACGAUAUGGGUGACUAUCCAAAAGCACUUUCUUAUUAUGAAAAAGCCCUUGUAAUUCGACAACAAUCACUUCCUUCCAAUCAUCCUGAUUUGGGUGGUUCUUAUAAUAACAUUGGUAAUGUGUAUUACAACAGGGGUGAUUAUCCAAAAGCACUUUCUUAUUAUGAAAAAGCUCUUGCAAUUGGACAACAAUCACUUCCUUCCAAUCAUCCUGAUUUGGGUGGUUCUUAUAACAACAUCGGUAAUGUGUAUAGAAACAUGGGCGAUUAUCCAAAAGCACUUUCUUAUUAUGAGAAAGAUCUUGCAAUUGGAAAACAGUCACUUCCUUCCAAUCACCCUGACUUGGGUGCUUCCUAUGACAACAUCGGUAUGGUGUAUGAGUUUAUGGGCAAUUAUUCAAAAGCUCAUUCAUUUUAUGAACGUGCUGUACAAAUUGCACAGCAAUCGUUACCAACAAAUCAUCCUGAUCUUCAAAAGUGGAGAAAAAACCUCGAAGACAUGAAAAAGAAAUUAUAA